AUGGCGGAAUCGGGGGCGCUGGCUCGAGGACGCGGUCUCCGCUCCGUAUCGGCAGGGAUUCGAUCGAAGCGUGCAAUUCCGACCGUUUCCGUGACUGCGCAGAGUCAUUCCACCGCCGCAUGCAAUGUGAGCGCGGGCGAGGACGGGGAUACACAAGAUGAAACGAUGGCACUGCGAGUGAUGCUGCAAGAGCGCACGGAGCAAGUGGAGCGGCUCGAGGCGCUUGUGAGCGAAAAACGGCUUAUUCAACGAUACGACGACGUUCUUGAGAGGCGCAUGCAGCAAUAUGAGGCGCAGUUGGCGCAGUUGGCCCUCACGGUGAGGGGAAACACGCCGACACCCAGUAAUAAAAAGCCGUUGGGGAAAGAACGGAAGGAUCCUGCGAAAGAUGUGACGAACAAGGGGUCGCCGCUUUCCGUGCGUGAAAUCUUGGAUGAAGUACAUCAGAUGCGGUAUGAGAAGCACCGCCUGGAGGGGGAGUUGGCUAAGAAGGAGAGCGAAUUGAAGUCUCUCCGUACGGAACUUGAGCACGCGCAGAAUCUCGUUCAAGUCGGUGAAUUACCGUUAAAAACGGACGUGGCGGGCACAAAUGCCUCUUGCAAUGCGAAACCCACGCACACAUCGGCUGUGAAUGAGGAGGUUGUGACUUCCCUCAGGCACCAACUGGCGGAAGUGCAGGAGAAAUUCGCCCGCACGGAGGCAAAACUUGGAAUGUAUCAGAAGGAAUAUCGCGCGCUGCGGCAAACUGUUCGUGAGAGGGAAAAGGAACUUUUAGAGUGGCAGCGCAAACACCGAGACGCCGUGGGCAUACGACCAAAAGACACACCGCAUUUAGAAGUACAAGAGUUCCUUUUAGACCAGUGGAAAGAUACGAAAAAUAUGGUGUCAUCACGCCACCGCAUUUUUUUUCGUGGCGCGGAGUGGCUCCAGAUUUUGAAUGAGAAACCCGAGGCAAUGCGAACUGCCUUUUUGAAGGAUGCAUCUUUAGAGUUGUGCGCACCCUGGGGAUUUAUCUCCGUUGUGGAGAUGCAAGCAGGGUCCGAACUUGUCACCAUUGAGGUGGAGGUGCGCCGUCCCUCUCAGUUUCCUGACGAUAAGGUGGAGCUAUUUCUUCUGCACUGCCCUUUUGCGGAGAUGCAGCGGCUAGUGGAAUCCCGGGAUGAGCCCAAGGAUGGCUGGGACAGGGUGCAAGAGCAGUUGACUGAGGCACAGAGGGUCAUUGCGGAAAAAGAGAGUGAAGUUAUGGAUCUACAGAAAAGACUGCAGCGGGCGGAAGCACUUCUUGCCGAGCAGCAUGUUCAGCGUGACGCAGAUGACCGAUGGGUUCAUGCGGCCCUUGACGAAACAGAAAAGACAGUGUUGGUGAUCUACAAGGAGCUCAAGGAUCAGUGGGAAAAGGGAGAGGGACUUCAGGCACGGCUCCAAAGCGCCACGGAGUCACUUGCGGCUCGGGAAAAUGAACUCGCUGAGCUCACAGUUCAACUACAGACGGCAAAUGCAGAGGCGCAACGACAGGAGGAGCGUGCGGCUCAAGAGCUAGAGGAAGUGCGUCGUAGAGCCUUUGCGGAGCUUCGUGAUGUGGAGGAUAAAAGACGUCAAGAACUAUCCGAAAUUCGGCGUCAACAACAGCAACAAAUUCGACAAGCAGCAGAAAAUUUGCGGCUGGUUACACAUUCUAUGAGACUUGAUUGCGGUAUGCAUGACGAGGCAGCAUUGGCGUCUCUGGACUCCAGGGGCAAUGAAAUUCUGCGGGCCCUUCUGCUGAAUGAAGCUGCUCUUGCCGCCAAUGCCAUUCCGCGGACGGUCGUUUCGCUCACGCGUAGUGGGAACGAGCUCCGGGCUGAAGUGCAACUGCAAGUCAACGCCUUGGCCGUAGAUAAUGCACUUGUGGCCGAGAGUGUGCGAAAGUGUCAAGCCCCCACAGCCAUGCUCUUCUUGCAAGAAUGGCUUGGUGUAAAAGAAUUGGCAAAAUGCCGCAACCGAGAGAUUCAACGCCUCACGCAGGAGGUGAAGGCAAUGAGUAGCAAGGUUGAGGAAGUUCAUGAGAGAAACGCACACAUGAUGUCAAAAACGGAGGUGAGCCUUCGCGAGGAGCGGGAUAAAGUUUGUGAAUUCGAGAGGGAAAAGGCAGCCUUUGUGGAGGAACUCGACCGCGUCGGUGAGGCUCUUGGGACGCAAGACGCUUCGCUUCCUCUCCCAGAGCGUGUUUCCCGUCUUGUCACGGCAAUUGCAGAGGCAGAGAAAUUGAAGAAAGGGCACGAGACGAGGUGGCGCGCUGAGCAGGCGCGGGUGCAAUCCCUCGAGAAGAAGCAGCGGGAGAUGGAAAAGGAUCAUCGACACCUUGUGGAGAUGCUGCAGGAGUCAAAGCAGGACUUGGAGAAUGCCACAGAGUCCCUUGAGACUUUGCAAAGUGAGCACCAGCAGCUUCUUGAAGAAUAUGGCUCUAUUCAAAAACUACUAAAUUCGCAGCAGGAGGAAAUGAUAAGGCUGCAAGCAACACGGCGGCAUCAACAUUAUUUUUGGCCAAAGGGAGUGGAUCAGUGGACCUCAACGCGUGUGGCUGAAUCGACCGAAGACCCUGAAGAGGUGCAGCAUGAUGUCAUGGUUGCACUCCGCCGUGCGUAUGAAGAAUAUGACGAACUGUACGAAACAUUAGAGAGUUCCAUCCAGCAACGGAGGAAAAUGGAGAUGUUAGAGCGAGAGAAACUGCAAGGACGUGAGGCGGAGUGUAACGAGCUUAAUCAGCAGAUCGCGGCGCUGCAGAAGGAAUUGCGGAAGCACCAGGAGGAAGCGAUUGCUGUGGAGUCCACUCACGAGCGCAGUGAGGCCGAGCGUGACGAACUACUUAGCCGCAUCCAGAAGGAAAUGCAGGCACUCUCCAGACGGCUAGCAAAAAACGAUGCCCUGCAGCGAGAAACCGAGUCGGCUAAAAAGGCACUUGAAGAGCAGGUGGUGUGGCUGCAACAACAAUGUGAAGCGCAUGAAUCUGAGCGGAAAAAACUGCAGGAGGCAUCCGCUCUCGUGGAGAAUGACCGAUCUACCAUGGAAAAGAAGUUGGAGGAAUUGCAGAGGGAAAUGGAGAGAAGAAGUAAGCGGGCGGAGGAAAUGAUGCGGCAGCUAGUGUCUGAGGAAGAUGCACGUCGUGCCCUGGAGAUGGAGCUGGCAACGCUACGUCGGUCAAAUAAGACACGAAAGAAAAUAAGUGGGGUUAGUACUGGAGACAAAGAAGAGGAAGAACACCCAAAAAAAUUGGGAGCGGCAACUGCGCCCGAAGUAAAACGACUACGCGAGUUUUGUAUGCAUGCCCUCAAGUUGCCUUUGACGGAAAAGCAGCAAACACUCGGUGACAUCGUUGCCUUCAUGGAGCAGAAUUGUGUGUCGACGGUGGAGGAACAGGAGAGUUUGGGGGCAGCUCUCAUUUCUAUGAGCACCGCAUCCAAGCUGCUAAGAGAGUGCGUUGCCGCCGCAGAAGAACAUAAGGGAGGUCUCAUUCAUAGAACUCCAGCGUCAAGGAGUUCAGCUAACGGGUCUUCCGUUGGUAAUUUGUCUGCCUUUGGUCGCUCACUCAGUUACAGUGGCGGCAUUGUAUCGGCGGCACACCCAGCAUCUCCACCUGUACUUGCCAGCAGGAAAUCCGUCACACCAACUCCUUUGGCACGAAUAGCGAGUGGCCACCAGCAUCUGCGGCAGCAGACUGUGAGUAAGCGUACGCAGCCAAAAGAUUUGGCUUCGACUGCGACGGAGGUUGUGUGCUUGGCCCAGGUGCUCAGCGGUGUCGUGGCGCACUGGCGGGACAACGAGAAACAGAGCGCGGCACGAAGGAAUGAGAUGCCGAAGAAGUCUUUUGUCCCGUCAAAGGAGUCAGGCCAAACGCAGCAUGCCAACUCCAAGCCGCAGCAGGAAACUGGACGGCAACCGGACAUUGAAAAUGAGGCUGCUGUUCCAAAGCCCGACGGCAAUUAUGACUUUUUGCGUCGUAGCCGCGCUCAUGCGUUGUGUGUUGCGCUUUCCGUGAAGGAUCAUUUAGACGACGCACUGACCGCACUGCAGUCGGUGUUGGAAGUCUUCCGCGAGGGCAACUACGCCGCGAAGGACCGCUUUGAGGUCGACCCCAUCCACGACCUACGCAUGUCGGAGGGGUGUGUUGUGUACGCGCUGAAACGCAUUUCACAGUCUGCGGACAUCCUCUUCUCGCGGGGGGAGCGACGUGAGAUUGAGGCAAGACGGGGUGCGGACUACUUCAAACCUCCCGGGGGAUUGCGCAACGUACCCUCGCCGAAUGCCCGCAACAUAUUACCGUCGAAGCACCUAUCAAAAGAGCCGAGGCGGGAGUGUGACGGUCUGUUGCCUUGCGAACUCAACUUCUCGCCUUCUCCAUCAACGUCGCCAAACGGAAAAAAGGGUGAUGGCAACUGCGAUGAAGGCGUCACCGUGGGCUUCCGGCAGCACAUGAAUGCUGAGGAUAAGCAGCUCAUUCAGUGGGCCCUUAUAGAGGCUCGUCGGCGCAGGCAAUGCUGA